CAUCCAAACAAGGUGCCAAGGCAUUCAAAAAUGAAACGAGGGUCUACUUCGGCGUCGGCACUUUGAGUACUGUAUACGACAUUCAUUCUUUCGCCGGCAAACAAUCCGAUUUCGCCCUUGCGAUUGUGAAACACGGGCACAAUGCCCAUUGUUGAGCCGAUGAACGGCGACGGCAGCGCAAGAGUCGUAGUCAACGAUGUUGAAGACGCUAGUAUAGUGGAAUUGGUUGGACCGUCUUCCAUUGAUUCUCCCUCUUUUCGGACUUCUGAUACUGCUGAAUCUUCAAUUUCCAUUUCUGAUGAUCAAAUUGCUCCUCUUUUGAUCCAAUCAGAGAGGCCCAAGAUCAACAUCUUCACCAUUUCUUAUCCCAGGGAAAAGCUCAAUAAGGAUGAAGUUAUAAGAGUAGUUGAAACCGACAAAUCACCCUUUCUGCAGCUUAUUUUCUGGCUCUGGAGUGGAUCGAGAUACUCUGGUCUGCUAUGCGUAGUCGUGUCAUGUACUAUCUACUCCAUGAUGGAAAUUGUUUCAGAUGUUUUUACUGCUCAAUCAGUACCUCUUUUUGAAAUAGCCUUUGCAAGAUGUACAGUAGUCCUAAUUCUUUCCUUUGUGUGGAUAAGGAAAAGUGGUCAACCAAUAUUUGGACCAACAAGUGCCAGGAAACUUUUGGUCUUAAGAGCUGUCAGUGGAUGCAUCUCCUUGCUGAGUUUCAUCUACAGCAUCCAGCGGCUACCUGUGUCUCAGGCUAUCAUAUUGAACUUUACUGUGCCAAUUAUGGCUUCAACUGUGGCUAGAGUCACAUUGCAUGAGAAACUAAAAAUUGCAGAAAUUGGAGGUUUAGCUAGCAGUUUCUUUGGUGUGCUGUUUAUUUUUCAACCAAUGGUCAGAACACAAGGAGUUUUCCCAAGUUCAAUAGAAGUGAGUGAAUCUCACAUCUUAGCUGUUCUGAUUGGCUUAUUUUCAUCUGUUGCUAGUGGAGUCACCUACUGCCUUACGAGAGCAGGAGCCAAGGCAGCAGAUCAACCUGUGCUUCCUGUGCUUUCGUUUGCUCUGCUUGCUAGUCCUGCUGCUGCAAUAUCUACUUUUGCCUUUGAAAACUUUGUACUCCCCAGUUUCUAUUCUUUCCUUCUGAUGGUUGUACUUGGUGUACUAGCUUUCUUUGCAGAGAUAACUUUAGCACGUGGACUUCAGCUUGAGAAAACUAAUAGAGUUGCCAAUAUCCAGUUUAUUGAGGUUGCACUAUCACAAUUUCUUGGAAUGGGCUCAUCAAGAAUCAUUCCAUCUUUUGGCAGAUUAGUUGGAUGUAUAAUUAUCUUGAUUUCAGCAUGUUGUACCAUGUAUAUUGGACCUGAGAAAGAGAUUGAAUGACAAAGUUGGCUAUUCCCUUUUUUUUUUUGGCGAGCACCGAGCAUGGUGUAACUACAUGAUUUUUUAAUUUUAUUUUUCCAAUCUCCAACAACCAUUUGUUUCCAAUGCUUCAAGGGUUCUUUUCCUCUGCAUGAGUUUAAUGAAUGCCUGUUUGUGCCAUCAUGAACUCGUCCAGUACUAAUUAUCUCAAAUGUGAAAUUUUGCCAGAGUUGCCAUUUUUGGAAGUGUAA